UCAUUAGGCAUUGCAAUUUUUAUUAUGUAUUGCAGUGAGCCAUUUAAUUAAAAUGAUAAAGAUGUCAGACGUCAAUGAUUUGCUGUAGUUGCUGGACCUGUCAUGAAUGUUAGUCAAUUGAUACCAUGGAACAUAAUCAUUAUUCUAUGUUUCUGCGGCAGUGUUAUGUCAGAAUUAGAUUUCAAACAGAACCCAGCGCCCGACGGACAUAGAUGUGGUGUGUGUCCGACAUAUUUCCAGAAAAUCUGCGCGUUCGACCUCGUCUCCAACGCUACGUUCAUUUUCGACAACCACUGUAUUAUGGAUCUCUACAACUGCAUUGAAGGCACAGAAUUUGUGCCACUGAAUUACGACCGCUGCCUAUUCUUCGGUAACUUCGCUUACGUGCACGGUCUCAAACGCGAAGACGAAGACUAUGGAGAAGACCAUUUCAUUAUUAAGAUGUCGAAGAAAAAUCCUGAUUUCGCUGAUAAACCAGGGGAUCGGUACCUUUCGAUUUCAUAAGAAAAAUAUUGAUGGGAAAAAGAUUGUACAUUAUUGUCUGCAUUAAAACAUUUUGUUGACCACAGUAAAUCUGGCAUUCCCAUCAUCGUUCGUGAAAUUAGUUUCGACUAUUCGGAAGUUUUUUUCUUUACUCGAAACCAGUUUUCACUAGUUGCGAAAUUCUCAUAUUAUUUGGAAUUUCUUAUAUUAUUUGGAAAACAGGUUUCGGACUAUGCAAAAUCAUUCUGUUUAGUUUCGAAAGUGGGCAAAAUGAAGAAAAGUUUGAAGUGACGUGAACUGUUGUUGAAAAUUUAAUUGUAUUAUUUUUUUUUUCAUA